GACCGAGUACAUGUCUAGCGGUUAACAUUUAUAUGUUAAGGCUUCUGCAUCACAGUCGUAACAUGGAUAUUAUUGGGCUUGUUUGAUGAAUUAAGAGUUCAUUGAAUUCGCUUCAGCGACAGUCUUCAUUUUUUGUUUUACGAUGGGAGGACGGACACAAAGACGGCAGGAGAACUGCUGGUGGAUUGCCGGGGUUUUGUUGCUGUGCUUUGUCGAUUGCCUUCUGGCUCAGCUAAGAUAUGUGGUUCCAGAGGAAGUACAAGUGGGGUCCACUGUUGGAAACGUGGCCAAGGAUCUGGGACUUGAUAUAAAUACUUUGUCAGUAAGGCGGUUUCGUAUUGUUUCAGGUCCAAAUGAUGAGCUGUUUCAUCUGAAUCAGAACAAUGGAGUGCUGUCUAUUGGAAAACGUAUUGAUCGAGAGGUGUUAUGUGAUGAAACAAAGGUUUGUUUGAUAAACCUGAAAAUUGUCGUUGAAAAUCCACUGGAAAUACACUACGUUAGCGUUGAAAUAACGGAUGUGAAUGACCAUUCGCCGACUUUUCCGGAGAACGAGCAGCAACUGGAAAUAGCAGAAAAUACUCGUCCGGGUACCCGUUUCCAGAUUCAUGCCGCAAGAGACCCUGAUGUCGGUACGCAGUCAGUUAAACUGUACAAAUUAAGCCCGAAUGAUUUGUUUGAUAUUGAAGUCAGAGAUAGCGAGGAGGACAAGAUACCGUUUUUACUGCUGAAGAAACACUUGGACAGGGAGCAAAAGGCAAAACAUUAUUUAGUGCUAAUGGCUCUCGAUGGGGGCUUGCCUGUGAAAUCUGGGAGUCUGAACUUAACAAUAAAUGUCUUAGAUGUAAAUGAUAAUCACCCCGUUUUCAGCAAAGACACAUUUACGGUGUCAUUGUAUGAAAAUUCUCCCAUUGGAACUCGUGUAUUAAAAUUAAAUGCUACAGAUUUAGACGAAGGGCAGAACAGUGAAAUUGAAUACUCUUUUGGAAAAACGCAAAAGAAAAAAGUGUACGAUACUUUUGACUUAGACAGUGUAACUGGGGAGAUACGAGUGAAAGGAAACCUUGACUUUGAGGAUACAGAGAUUUACAGGUUAGAUUUACAGGCCUCAGAUAAAGGGCAACCACCGUGGACGGCAGGAAGUAGAGUUGUGAUAAGAAUCAAAGAUGUUAAUGAUAAUAAACCAGAAAUAGAAAUAACAUCUCUGUCUAACGUGGUCCCCGAAGAUUCAAAACCUGGGACUGUCAUCUCUCUCAUAAGUGUUACAGACAGAGAUUCAGGUCUCAAUGGAAAAGUCAGAUGUUCCAUCGCGGACAACGUUCCGUUUGAUCUGACGCCGUCCGUUGAGGAAAACAUGUACUCUCUUGUCACAAAAGGAAAUUUAGACAGAGAGACAGUGUCUAGUUAUGACAUUACAAUAACUGCUACUGACUGUGGUGAACCACCACUGUCCACUGUAAAAACUCUGAGUGUUCAGGUGUCAGAUGUAAAUGACAACAGACCAGACUUUAGUCAGAAUCCGGUUGAGCUGUAUUUGACAGAAAACAAUCCCCCUGGUGCAUCAAUAUGUUCUGUACAAGCGGCCGAUAAUGAUCUGAAUGAAAACGCAGCAAUAACGUAUCACAUUGUAAGAGGUGAUGGGAUACAGCGGGACAUGACGUCAUUCCUCAAUAUAAAUUCAGAAAAUGGACAUAUUUCUGCUCUAAAAAGUUUCGACUUUGAAACUCUGAAAACGUUCCAGUUCCAAGUUGUCGCCACAGAUUCUGGAACUCCGUCACUGAGUAACAACGUGACAGUCAACGUGUUCAUUCUGGAUCAGAACGACAACGCUCCAGUCAUUCUGUAUCCACUCAGCUCCAACGGUUCUGCUGAAGGUGUGGAGGAGAUUCCACGGAAUGUCAACGCAGGACACUUGGUGACUAAAGUCAGAGCCUAUGAUGCUGAUAUAGGAUAUAACGGCUGGUUACUGUUUUCACUGCAGGAAGUUACUGACCACAGUCUGUUUGGUUUGGACCGCUACACAGGACAGAUCAGAACACUUCGCUCAUUCACAGAAACAGACGAGGCUGAGCACAAACUGGUCAUACUGGUCAAAGACAAUGGGAACGUUUCACUGUCAGCAACAGCUACUGUGGUUGUCAAAGUUGUGGAACCAAAGGAGGCUUUUGCAGCUUCUGAUGUGAAAAGUGCAUCAAAGGAUGAUGACAGUAAUGUGACUUUUUAUCUGAUGAUAACUUUGGGCUCAGUUUCAGCACUUUUUAUCAUCAGUAUCAUUGUUCUAAUUGCAAUGCAGUGCUCCAAGUCCACAGACUAUACAUCUAAAUAUCUGGAAGAUAAAAAUUACGAUGGGACACUGUGUCACAGCAUCCAGUACAGAUCUGGAGACAAACGGUACAUGUUGGUUGGACCCAGAAUGAGUAUAGGAUCUACUAUAGUCCCUGGAAGUAAUGCGAAUACUCUGGUUCUACCUGACAGGAGAAAAGCAUCUGGAGAGUUCCUGUGA